AUGGGGGCCUGUGCGCACCGCUGGCCACAAGGCAUGCAGUCCCGAAGGCGGCUUCCGUCUGCUCUUCAUCAACAGACAGAGGUCAACAAAAGGAAAAAAGUGAGCUCGAGACGCUGGAGCACAGGCUCGUCCGGCGGAGCUGAGAAGGGCCCCCGGCCCCGGGCCCCACCUGCCGGGACAACCGGCCGGACCCCCGCCCGGCCCGCAGGGCGCACGGAGGGACGCGCCGGCGGCCGCAGGUGCGGGCGGGCUGGGGGGCUGGCAGGGGGCCGGGGGAAGGCCCUCGGGCCGCGUCUCGGCCGCGCGUCUAUGCAGCGGGCCGCGCCCUCCCGGCCCUUGGCGCCCGGCGGCCCGGCCCCGCGCCGGCGGGAGGCGGGAGGCGGGAGGGGCGGCCAGCGCGGUGUCUCCCCGCGGGUGGCGGUUCCGCGCUCCUCCGCCCGGCGGGCUCAGCUGCGGGCGGCCGGGUGUCCGGUGUCGGGUGUCCGGUGUCGCCGCGCCGGCAGGAGAGCGGCGGCGCAGACAGCCGGCCGUGGUCGCGGUGAGGGGCGCGCGGGGCCGCGGGGCGCGCGAGCAAGUUCCGGGCCGGGCCCCUCGGGGGGCGCCCCGGGCUGCGGGGCAGGGAGGGAGCGCCUGGGGGUAGCGGGCGGGGAAGGCGGCGCGCCAGGCGCUCCGGGCGCCGGGGGGCGGUCCCCGAUCCCAUCCCGUGGGCUCAGGGUGCGCUGGGCGGCCGCGCGGGGCCGUGGUGGGCGCGCCGCCCCCCGGAAGGCGGGCUCCGACGGUGGCCGCAGGCAGUCGCGCGGUGACCUUCCCCCGCCCUAG